UGAUCAAUUUUGUAUUCAUUUUAUAUUGUUUUGAGAUAUAAUGUUGAAAGUUUUGUGGUACACCUGAUAUCAAAAUGAUGGUAAGAUUAUUGCUGAAAUCGCGAUGGCUGCUUUCCAACGUGAUCUGGAUAUUCAUGUUUAAAGUGUCACUUGGGUCGAAUAUUAAACCUACGAACACUUUGGUGAACUAUGGUGACGUGGAUCUACCAGAGCAGUGGCGGAAUCUGUGCAAAAUUCAUUACGAAUAUAUGAUUGGAUCAAACUUUACAAGUAGGUGGUCAUAUCGUUUGUCAUGUGACCUUGGAGCGAACGAUCAUUGGUCAUUAGCGUCGUACAGAGAAUGGGUUUCAACCAAAGAGGUCGCAAAAUUGCAAAUGACGUUACCAGCGCGUGCCAACAGCUCUUUGAAUUUUGCAUUGGAAAUACACUGUUCUUCUCAAAACGCGACGGUAUCCUUGCCUUGGCCGGCGAGGGCUAGAUACUUGUGGAGCAUCGCGAUUAAUAACUGUACGCUGGUCGACUUUCUAGCAGAGUACAACAAGACCCACAGCGAAGCGGAUAAUUUGAAUGUCUUUAUUGUGACAGAUAGCGUAACACUCACACAAAAUGAGCAGUUUUUACAUGUGUUUGAAAACUACAAAAACAUGAGUAGUCAUUACUAUUGUGGUGGUGAACAACUGGAGAAGUUAGUAAAAAGGAAUAAUCAGCAGAAGUUUGAAAUACCAAAACGAAAUACAUUAGUAAAUCUGAAUAGAUCUCCUCGUUUAUUAAGUUUAAAAGGUGAUUCCGAAUCUGAUGGAACUCAUGUUAAAUCAUCAUCAAGGAAAACACAGUUUGAUCGAUUUGGGAAUGGGAUGCGAAUGCCAAAUGUCAAGAAAAUAUCAGCAGAACAGAGAACAAUGUUACGAAAAAUUGCGAAGUUUGGACAAGACUAUAAGGUUGAGAGAAGACAGUGUUCAUUCGACAGGCUACGCUACAUUGACGAAAGUCAUUCAAGGUCUUUGUCGAAACACCACACAUUCUUCAUGACAGAACGAUCGAGCUACCCAUCCCUGAUGUUCUACAAUUUGUCACAUUCCAAAAUAACCCAACUCUCUCCAAUGGUUUUGCAAUGGCGGAGAUAUUUUCCUAAAAUGAUGUAUUUGGAUAUGUCUUACAACAGAAUAAAAUACUUCGCAACCUUGUCGGAUAAUGGUUUACUCGCCGAUGGUGUCGGAGUUUUGGAUCUAAGACAUAACAAUAUAACCACUAUAACUUAUGAAGAUUUUGAGGCUUUGGGGGUUCACAGUAACACGGUAUUCGUUGAUCUGAGACACAACCCUCUACACUGUGACUGUAAACUUAAACAUCUUGUGGAAGCUGUGCACAAUCAAACGAGUGAUUUGAUGAAACAAUACUCAUACCUUGGUGAGAUGCAAUGUGCGACGCCAGAGCGUUUCCAGAACACAGCCCUCUCCUCUUUGCAUGCGGACUUUUGUGAUGUACUGGAUAUAAUUUACCACGAAGGUCCAAUCAUUGCUCUUAGCUGCUGUGUUCUAGGUGUAGCUGUUCUGGUCAUUUUGGCGAUCAAGUAUAGAAGAGAGUUAAUGAUUCUGGCCUUUACUCGCCUGCAUAUAAGCCUACCAUGUCGAAAAGUGAUAAAAGAUGGCAACAAAUUGUACGAUGCCUUUAUCGCAUACAGCGAACACGAUGGUGCUUGGGUGUUCAAUACUUUACUGCCUCGUUUGGAACGCCCUAUUGAGAAUAAUGGCCCUGGUUUCAAGCUGUGCAUCCACCAUAGGGACUUUCCUGUAGGUGGAUCUAUUGCUGAUAACAUCGUCGAUAAGGUGAGAGAGAGUAAUCAUACCGUGUUGAUAUUAUCAAACGAGUUUUUGCAAUCACAUUGGUGCAAGUAUGAGUUUAAAGCUGCGUUUACUCAAAGUAUAACAGAGAAAAAACGACACUUGAUUAUGGUCAUCAAGGAAGAAUUGUACAAGCCCUUAAUUGACCAGGAGCUAAAGAGGUGCUUACAGACAUUCACGUAUGUACAGACGGAUGAUGUUCUGUUCUGGGACAAGAUCAUAUUUGCCCUUGCAGACAGGAAAAGAAACAUAGUCAAUGUUGAAGAAAACAAUGUUAUCAAUGCGAACGUUAACAAUGUGGCACAGAAUGAAAGAGAUAAUGUAGGCCAAGGUCAUGAAGUUCGGGACGAGGAGCGUGCACCACAGCAGGAGAUGGUCAACAUUGGGUUUAUUCAAGACGGAAAUUGGGUGCUUUAAGUUGGAAAAGAAGCGCAGAAGCAGUGACGUAAUUGAACAAAGAUUGCCAAAUUGACCUGGGUGAUCACCACUAUAUUUCUUGUCACGAAAUCCUCUUCAAUAAAUGUAUACAAAUAA